GUCGGUAAACAAAUAUGCUGCCACAUUUUUCGUAUCAUAGGUAACGUGUUUUAUAAGUUAUAGGGCGCAGCAAUCAGUCGUCCUUUUUAUGCAGGCUUUAUUUGGCAAAUCCAGAUUUGGUAUUGUGCCUAGCCAUUAUCAGUGCACUAUUUUCUAGUCUCAAUGCAUGUCAGUUCCCUGUUGUUCGGGCGUCACAGUUCUUGAUUCAAAGAACUAGACCAGAAAAUGGUGCAUUGAUAAUGGCUAGGCACUAGCCGAAGUCUGGAUUACCCAAAUAAAAUCUGCAAAAAAUGGACGACUGAUUGCUGCGCUCUAUAAUUUGUAAAUCAUAUCACAGCCACUGAGUGCACCCACGUUCCUAAUGGAAGGUAACCUGAUAUUAUGUGUUUGUUCAUAUUGGAACUCACAUGUAAAAAGAAAAAAAAAAUUGUAAAUAGUUCGCAGCAUAGGUCAUUGAAUGUAAUGACGCAUCUCAUUGGGUGGCACAAUCAAUCAGUACCCGAACCGCAGUUCCUUAACGGUACCAAAACAUCAUCGACGCGUAAACAAACGAUUAAAAUGUUGACGUUGCAACCAGGACUUUGAACAGUAAAGUGGAGGGGACACGGUAACGAAAACAACUUGCAGAGAAAUCGUAUCAGUUGUGUCGUGAGGUCUGGAUAGAAGAAAACAUCCCCGGCUUUUCAAGUAAGAUUUCUGAACAACAGCACAGCCUACAAUUUUUGUCAUAUUUGUGACGUGACUUAAAGAAACAAAUAAUGUCAUUAAAAUUUUACUUUGAUGUUUUCUCGCAACCAUCUCGAGCAGUACUUCUCUUUCUGAAAUUAAACAAGAUACCAUUUGAGCCUAAGAAGAUAAAUUUACUGAAAGGGGAACAUUACAGUGAAGAAUAUGCUAAGAUAAAUCCAUUUCAGAAAGUUCCAGCUGUUGUACAUGGCAACUUUGCACUUUCUGAAAGUGUGGCCAUCUUACGCUAUCUCUGUCGAGAAUUUGAAGUUGCCGAUCACUGGUAUCCAAAGGACAGCAAGGCACAGGCAAGAGUUGAUGAGUACCUUGAAUGGCAGCACAUUGAAAUUAGAGCCAACUUAGUGAACUACUUCCGAACAAAGUUUUUGCUUCCUGUGGUGACUGGAAGACCAGCAGAUGGGAAAAAAGUAGCAAACUUUGAGAAGAAAGUAACUGAUGUUCUUAAUAUACUCGAGGAUACAUGGCUCAGUGAAAGAAAGUAUUUAGGAGGAGACAAAGUGAGCAUCGCUGAUCUUUUAGGAGCUUGUGAGCUUGAACACCUUAAAAUGGCAGGAUAUAAUCCACAAGACAAUCGCCCCAAGGUUUCAGCUUGGUUAAACAAGUUGAAAGAAGAAUUAAACCCACAUUAUGAAGAGGUUCAUGUCCUAGUUAAUCAUAUAGCAGAAAAACAUAAGGGGGUCCCACCCAGCUCACCUGACAAGCUAUGAAUAUAAUCUUGCUGUUGAUUAUAGAUAUUGAUAUUGUGCUGAUGGAGCAUUUGAUUGUGGUUCAGAAUUCUGAAGUUACUUGUUAAUGUGCAGAAUUCUGUACCACCAACAUUGAAUUAAAAUGUGGAAUGCUAGUCACAAUUCAUUCAUUGGAAGAAUGUUGAAAUAUGUCAUUACAUAUUAUAUAUUAGAAAAAUCACUGCUGUAAAAAGAUCUUACUUCCAAGCCAUGGCAAAUUUCAAAUGCCCGCCGUUAAUUCUCGGAUUAGUCCCUCAACAAAGCAAAACAUUUUAAACAAAAUAUUACUAAAUUUUGAUCUUUGAUAGUUUGUUUACCUUGUUUCCUGUUUUCUUGUAUUAUCACAAGUGUUGUUUUCUUCCAAAGGAAAGAUAACAACAUUUUUCCAUUUGUGGCAGCAUAAAACAAAAAGUUAUUCUUAAAAAUGGUGCAGUAGUUAAGCAUUUAAAAGUUUGGAGAGGUGGUAUGACAGUUAAAAAAACAUAACAACAAAUGUUUAAUGUUUCUGAUAGUGAUAGAAUUAAUAUUGGCCAGAAGUCUUACUCAUGCAUGUAAAUGUGAUUAAAAGUUUUAUGGGAAUCUUAAUGUAUGUACAGAAAUUACGGACUUCAGGAGGUGUUAAUUUUAGUUUCUUUUGACAUUUUAAGUGGUUGCUGUUAAAGCGUUAGCCAAAGGAAAGCUUGCAUUGUACUGUUUGAAACCACAACUGAAAAUAAAGUGAUUUGUACAAAGCUGAAA